CGGGCCCCCGCCGGCGGCGGACAUGGAGUUCGCCGAGCUCAUCAAGACGCCGCGGGUGGACAACGUGGUGCUGCACCGGCCCUUCCACCCGGCCGUCGAGGGCACCCUGUGCCUCACGGGCCACCACCUGAUCCUGUCCUCGCGGCAGGACAGCGCCGAGGAGCUCUGGCUGCUGCACGCCAACAUCGACGCCAUCGACAAGCGGUUUGUUGGACCUCUGGGUACAAUCAUCAUAAAAUGUAAAGAUUUUCGAAUUAUUCAGUUGGAUAUUCCUGGAAUGGAGGAAUGUUUGAAUAUAGCCAGUUCCAUUGAAGCCUUGUCCACCCUGGACUCCAUCACGUUGAUGUACCCGUUCUUUUACCGGCCCAUGUUUGAGGUGAUAGAGGACGGCUGGCACUCUUUCCUGCCUGAGCAAGAGUUUGAGCUCCACUCUGCUGCUACCAGUGAAUGGAGGCUAAGCUGUGUCAACAAGGAGUUCGCGGUCUGCCCCUCUUACCCGCCCGUCGUCCUCGUCCCCAAGUCCAUCGACGACGAGGCACUUCGGAAGGUAGCUGCCUUUCGCCAUGGCGGCCGCUUCCCUGUGCUCAGCUACUACCAUAAAAAGAACGGAAUGGUCAUCAUGCGAAGCAGCCAGCCCCUCACGGGCACAAACGGAAGGCGGUGCAAGGAAGACGAGAAGCUGAUAAACGCCACCCUCAGGGCAGGCAAGCGCGGCUAUAUAGUGGACACCCGGGCCCUCAACGUGGCCCAGCAGGCCCGGGCCAGAGGGGGCGGCUUCGAGCAGGAAGCUCACUAUCCCCAGUGGAGGCGGAUCCACAAGUCCAUUGAGAGGUAUCACGUUCUGCAGGAGAGCCUCGUCAAACUUGUAGAAGCUUGUAACGACCAGACACAUAACAUGGACCGAUGGCUCAGCAAACUGGAGGCAUCCAACUGGCUGACGCACAUCAAAGAGAUCCUGACCACCGCCUGCCUCGCAGCCCAGUGUGUGGACAGGGAAGGAGCAUCCGUCUUGAUUCACGGAACAGAAGGAACUGAUUCUACGCUUCAGGUAACCUCCCUGGCCCAGAUCAUCUUGGAACCAAGAAGCAGGACCAUCCGUGGCUUUGAGGCCCUCGUGGAGAGAGAGUGGCUGCAGGCCGGCCACCCGUUCCAGCAGCGCUGCGCGCAGUCGGCCUACUGCAGCAGCAGGCAGAAGUGGGAGUCGCCCGUCUUCCUCCUCUUCUUGGACUGUGUGUGGCAGAUCCUUCGGCAGUUCCCGUGUUCUUUCGAAUUUAAUGAGAAUUUCCUUAUCCUGCUCUUUGAGCACGCUUACGCCUCACAGUUUGGAACAUUUCUGGGCAACAAUGAAAGUGAAAGAUGUAAGUUGAAGCUCCAGCAGAAAACGAUGUCUCUGUGGUCCUGGGUCAAUCAGCCCAGCGAGCUGAGCAGACUCACCAACCCUCUCUUUGAAGCCAACAACCUUGUCAUCUGGCCGUCGGUGGCCCCGCAGAGUCUUCAGCUGUGGGAGGGUAUCUUCCUGCGCUGGAAUCGAUCCUCCCGGCAUUUGGAUGAAGCAUAUGAGGAAAUGGUUAACAUCAUAGAAUAUAACAAGGAAUUGCAAGCAAAAGUGAACGUCCUCAGGAGGCAGCUGGCAGAACUGGAAACGGAGGAUGGGCCACAGGCGAGUCCCUAAGAGCGUGCCCUCGCCCUCCCCAGCCACCAGUGCUCCACCGCCCCCUUGUGCCCCGAGGUCACCUCUACCCACGAACCUGGGACUUGGGCUUUAGAUGUGGGGACCCCAUAGUGUCGUGGAUUUCCCAUUACUUACGAAUGAAAGUUACUAUAACUACUCAUGUAUCGUGUGGCCUGUUAGGCCUCCUCACUUGGGGAACAGGAAGGAGGUGCUAGCCAUUUUAUGUAAAAUAGGUGACCUAUUUAGCGCCAUUCAUGUUAGACGCCGUUUCAUCAUAAGCUGCUUCUCUCUGUCCACUCUGCAGAUAGCACUCCAGAUCAGGCAGGCUGCCGUUCAUCUCGCGAGGGAGGAUUUGUUAGUUUAAAAAAUACUGCAAGUGUAAAAGUAUUUUUCAAAACUGAAAUGGUUGAUAAAUCAAGAUUUUCAUGUUUAACAUGCAUUUUCCAAUAUCUUUGUCCCAUAAAAUAGCCAUUCUCGUUAAAAUAGCAUCGGACUGAAAAAGUGGAAUCCAUUCUUAUUCUGGUUUGUCAAGAAAAAAUCUGAAUACUUAGUCCAGGUAAACUGUUUUCCAAGGCAACAGGCACAGUCCUCUGAUAUUUACAUUCAGAAGUAAAUUCACUUUAACAGUAGACACUAAAACAAUGUGCAAUAUAGAAAUAAAGUAGGAAUUUGUUACUGAUAUGGUGGUGUUAACUGCUGGGUUGGUUUUCAGAUAUUUCUUUUAACCCACCUUUAAAUAUGUAUCAAAUGCUGGGUGUAACAUUAAACCAUCAUUUAGAGGUAAUUUGUCAUAAUUAAGCUACAAAUAUGUUUUCCUUAAACCAGAGAUGCACUGCCCUUGUCUGAAGUUCUUAUUGCACUGGUUUACAUGUGUGUGUAUUCAUUGUUUCGUCUGAUUUUAAGUAUUUUAAGAGUUUACUAAUAUUGAGGUUAAAACUUUCGUGUUGGCUUAAGCCUUUUGACAAUUUAUCUUGCCUGCUGGUGUCCAUUCAGUGUGAGGCCAGUGGAACUCAGUGGAGGUGAAAGUUUGUGAACACGACUCAGCUGUUACAUCUCAGCUUCCAGAGGCAGGUUGGGGUGCGGGGCUCUUCCGGACGGGGUGGCCGCAGUGCGCAGCUUGCCCGUACCUUUCGGCUCGUGGCCCUGCUUGGUUUAGAUGCGACCAACUCUGGUUUUUCUUUAAUGGGAGAGUUGAAGAGUAACCUUUUUAGCACUUCACCCCAUCUGUACACAGCCAUUCAGUGUAAACCACUCCCAAACUGAACCUGCUUUAGAUCUAUGUAUUGAGCUAAAAACAGAAUUUUAAAAAAUCUACUCUAGCGAAGUCUGUGGCCACUGGCAGAGCCUUCGAGAGGUGCCUGUCCCCAGCUGCCGAAGCUGCACCCUUUUCCCAUUUCCUCAGACUGGUAGCAAAAGGCCAGACGACAACCCACAGUCGAAACUUUCUUGGUGACUUCGCCUGCCUUUUCCUCCAACCUCAGCUCUAUUCUUGGGUAUUUUCUUGGCUGUGGUGAGGCACCAUGGGGUGCCGGGGCGGCACGGCUGGCCAGGCAAGGAAGCCGCGCUCUGCUGGCCACAGCUCUGCAUUGCCCUAAACGCCUGUGUUAGUUUUUAUAAAAAGCAAACAUCCCAGCUUUUUACGGCCCCUCAAAACGACCUGCUGCUUUUGUGCACGCAGCCCCUCUUUUUUCCUCCUAUGUCUCAAGACUAGAUAUGAAGAGAGAGUCCUUUCCUUCUUAGCUUGUGGACCCAAAAGGAAAACCAGCUGGAGAUCCUUUUACUGCAUCUUUAUUUUUUUUUCUUUUAUAUUUAAAGAGCAGGUUUAUUAGAAAAGGGACAGAAAAGCAAAAGACACUGCAUAGACACAAGCAGCCAGAAAGAGCGGCCCCUUUGUAGGGACAGCGUUAGGUUUUAUCAUUUUCUUUAGGCAGGGAGAGGCUCAUCUUUGUGAGCCAUCGAUUUUGGAUAACUAUGUGGAAUUUGAAAGGGACCGGAGAUUCUACAGUGGGCUCAAGCUCCAGAGCUUUCACUGCAUCUUUAGAAGGACCCCCUGGUUAUGUGAUUGGCCACUGGAUGGAGCCCCGAAGAGGGCUUUUACUAGGCUUGUUACAGAGAAACCGGUGCUGUCGAUUUGUGCCCACUUCCUGGUGCACGCCCAGAGCACUGCGAGCAGCCUUGGGUUCUUAUUGAGACAGACUCUCGGUUGUCAGGACGCUCAAACCUCAGUUAUGUUUACGGGUCAUAAAAGCAAACUUUGGCAUUAGUGUAUUUGUAAAGGAGUCAUCUAAUAAUGCAAAUAUUUGGGUUUUCCCCACACGAGAACUCUGUCAGAAGUGCAUAAUCAUCAUCAUUCAAAGAGGCUUUUAGAGACACUACUACGUUAUCCACCUGUGCCCUGGAUGGGAAGAACACCUUGGACAUCGUCACGAGAAGAUACUUGUUAAACAUUAAGUGUGGAGACUUGUCUUCAGUCAAUGUGACUUUAAAAUUUUUCUUGAGAACAGUGGCAGAACCACUGAGCGAGCAAAGCCAUGGAAGAGCCGGCAGUAAUGGGGCGGGGGGAGGACUCGGAUGCAGGUGACGUGCUCCUUACUCAUGACCAGGAAAGCUGGUGUGCAGUUUGGGGAUGUGAAAAGUAGGCCCCACAAAGAAUUUUUUUUUUUUUUAAAAAGAAUCUGUUAGAAUCAUCUGUCAGCAGUUCAAGAAACCUUUAAUUUAAAUUACUUUUUUUUUAAAAUCAGAAGAACAGAGUUCACUGAUCAUACAAAAAUAUUAAAACUUUUGGUGGUAAUACUUUUUCAAUAGUUAAUGAAAAGUUUAUCAUUUUGAUUUUAUUAAACAGGAAAAAGAAAGGAAAAAUUGUAACAUAGGUUUUAAAAGUACCGAUAAAUGUAUUUUAUUUUCAAGAAAAAUUAGGACUAUGAAGCAAGGUUUGAAAAUGAUUUUUGGGAAAACUUUGGAAGACAGUAGACACUUAAGAUCCCAAAUGGGGAAUUUUAAAACUUUAAAUUCUAAGGUGUGAUUUAUAGAGAUGAAAUAUCAUUGCUUUUCAUUUUAAAGGAUGGUAUUUAAUGAGAUUUUCAUCUUUGAUUCAGUCAGUAGUUGUAUCAAAUUUAAAAAUCACUGUCCUGGAAAAGAACUGACCAGUAGUUGUUUCUUGUAGAGAAAAAUGGGAAGAUUUUGCUGCAUUAAAGCAAAUUUGCUUACAGAUGUCACUCUUGUAGUUGCCUGGCUUCAGGAUUAGCUACUUUGCCAGUUUUAAUUAGAACACCAGUCUCGCUCAUCAUCUGACCUUACCCUGAGGCAUAAGUUUCGGUCUUUGUGAACCCAAACGGAAGGAACCGAAAACCACAAGGGGGCAUUAGCACGCUCCUCAUGAGGAAGGCAUUUCCUGGGCCGGAAUGACACUAGGCGGAAUCAGCGAUGUCCUGGCCGCCUGGAGGCUUAGCACAGUGAGACCAUCCAGUCUGCUGCCAGGUUUGAGCGCCUUCCAGCGACAGGUCAGGGCUGCUGAUUCUGACCUGGCCUGCGCCUCUCCUACCAGCGCCACAGUCACUUUAUGCACCUCACCGCCCUGACAAGAACACGUCCCAUUAAUAUUUAGUCUUAGAUAAUAUGAAACGCUUGUGUGUUCACGGUCUCAGUUUUCUAACUUUUGUUUCCUUGAAUAAAACAACUUCUACCUUCACUGCAUCUUUAAAAUCCAGUGUCUGCAGUUUCUUCCUUAAACCAAAUGCCCCAAGAGACCCCUGAGGCUCUACUAGGACUAGGCCUUAGAAAGUCUGAACUUGUCUGCAUUCCCUGUUGGAAACCUUGUCUUCUCUCUUGAGCUACUCUACAAAACUAGUUUGUGCUGAAUUUGGUGAAAGAUUUGGGGCUCACUGCAGCUACUACAUUGUCCUGGAAAGUCCAUUCUGACAAGGCUUCCUGACCAAGAGCCAUUCUGGUGUGAGGCUGCAGACAACUAGCUGGUGACAUGUAAGAAAAUGAGUCGUUACAACACUGCCUCGUGUCUGUCUGCCCAAGACAUUUGCUUCUUUUUUAAAAAUGCACCUAUUAGAGAGGUGGGCUGGUCAACAGAAAUGCACCUGAGUUCUGUUGUUCAGAGUCUUUGUGGAUCCAGUACCACCCACACUAAAAUGAUGUCCUUGCACAACUUAGUUAAAAAGAAUGUGUGUUUCUUCGCUAGCCGGGUAUCUGGACUGCACUCUUGAUAUAUUUGAAUGUGACUCUUGGACUUAAGUGCACUAUUAUUCAUGUCUUACACAAUAAAAUUGCACUGUGUGGCAAGUGUGUCUGUAUGUGUGCUUUGCUCGACCCUGAGUGCUGUAAUGUUCAGGUUUCUAUAUUGCAAACCUGUCUCCACUUUUAAUUGGAGGGGGAAAUUCUGAAUUUCUGUAAGUCUGUGUGCCGUUUUAAUAUUACUUGUCAUGUUCGCUAAAUGAUAGAUUCACUUGUGUUCUAAAACUGGAAUCUUCACCUUGAGUUGGCUGCUCUGUCCAGUGUGCUUAACUGAAUCCGUCUUGUCGACAACGGUACUGUUACCUUAGUGUGCAAGAACUGUGUGUGGUGUUCUCCCUCUGCCUCAGAGGGUGUUACACAGAUGCUAGUGUUAAAUUUCUAUAAACAACGGUAAUAAAAUUUGAAUAUAUUCAAAUGCUUGUAAA